GCAAAGUUGCGGGGAAGUUACUCAGGACCUAUUUCUCUUUAGCUAUUUUCAGAGGUUAACCUAGAAAUUAUCAUAAUAUUACAGCGUAUUGUCCACUUGAAACUUUGUGACGUUUGGGUGGUCUAUUUUCGUCUCCUUGGCUUUUUGCCUUGAUUUUAUAGCUUCAUAGAGAUUGCAAAUAUUCAAAUGGCUGAAGAAGUUUACGAAGUAGAGCAGUUUACACGAAGAACUUCUUGUCUUUCCGAAGGAGUUUAUAACUUAAUCUGUGGAUUAAACUUAGAAUAUACUCGAAAUUCUCAAAGAGAAAAGGAAAAAGUCAUACAACUAUUGGCAGGGAAAAGAGUUACGGGUAACCAUAAAGAGAAAAUUCAACUUUUGGAUACAGUUGCCAAACUUUCUUUAGCGAAAAAUUCCGAUGGGUCUUUGAAUUUUGCAAAUACGGUAAAACAGCUUAUUCCUUUCGUUCAUUAUGUUCACAAACAGCUAAUGCAGCUUACCGUUGAAGAAUUUGAAGGAAAUUUUGGAAUGGACUUGGACUGGACUGACUGUAAGCACAGGAUUGUGGAAUGCUUCAAGUUGUUGAAGAAAAGUAAUGAAGAACCUGUUAAUGUUAUUCUUUCUUCUCUCUUGCUGUUUGCUAUAUUGGAACGGUCCCUUGGUGAUGUUUAUGCAUCUUAUACUGGUUUGAAAUCUCCCUCAAAUCUAAAAGACCUGUUGGCAUCUGAAGCAAUUCGAAAGUUACUGGGUGAGGAUGUCAGCUUGAUACUCUAUGCUAUGGCAGGGCCGCCCGAGAGUAUUAACCUUAGGAAUGUGCUAUGGCAUGGUUUUGUAUCUCCUUGUGAAAUCCCUCCUCAGUUUGUUUCAUUCCUUGUUUUCACCAUGGCAACAAUAAGUUCCAGAUUUGCUGCUAUUAAGAUUGAGAGACGGCCACAGAUAAAGCUUACACAACUAGACAGGCUUUGCAUCUUCCCAAAUAUUGAAUCCAUCAAAUGCAUUUCAGCUAUCCAGGAUUAUCUGUUUACAUCUAGCUUGUUUAUAGCCCCAAGCAUGUUGCCUAUUUGGAAAAAAGCUCUACAGUGUUAUGAAGAACAAAGAUAUGAUCUUGUAUUGAUUGUUUUGCUGCCUUUGCUGGAACAUGCACUAAGAAUGGUGUUUGCUCAUGCCAAUAAUUGUCCCAAGAGGAUCCUAACAGCAGAAUCAACAACUUUAUAUACAACAUUUGAUGAGAUCUUAGCUCCAUCACUUCCUGGGGGCACUGAAAACCAGCUCAGAACAGAGAUAGGUGAUGAAUUCUUGCAAAUGCUGCUCGAUAUUCUGGUUUACACUGAUGGACCAAGGCUGCGGGACCGAAUAAGUCAUGGUGAAGUAGAUCUUGAUUGUAUCCCUUCAGAUUUGAGCAAUCAUGUAUUAUGCAUUUGUGUUGUUUUUGCUACACAUUUUGCCUCAGAAUUAAUGGAAAAUCUUUCUAUUAAAGUUAAUACAAAUAUAACUGAUAAAUAUACUGAAACUACUGGAAAAUCGUUAUCCAUAGAAGCAACUACUGACAGUACACAGGAAAAUUUUUUAUGUUCUCGUAAGUUAGAGACUACUGUCACUGAAGGUGAAAAUAUUCAAAAUUGCUCUAACAUGGAACUAUCAAGCAAUUCCGACAUCAUAAGACAAAUUGUUUUGAAAGCAAGAAGCUACCAAUCUGUGUUCCAUCCAAUUGCAAUGCUUAAAAGUGAAGUCAAAGAUUUGACCAAUGCUAUUGAUGGGUGGGUACAUAUUCCUUUACCAGAAACAGAAUUUGAAAUGACAUCUGUUUCUGAGCUAUUUGAAGCUCAGGAAAAGACACUAAAAAUCAUAAGGUUUAUUUUUUAUCAUGGUCAAGAACUGAUCUUGAAUGGCAUUGUCAUGGAUACAUGUGAUCUGGAGAUGCUGUUGGAUGAUGGGCAGUUUUCAAGAGUUAUUUCUUUACUUUGUGAUAAAAUUCAAGUACCAAUGCUCUACAGGCCUAAAAAGGAGCUUGAAGUUGUGUCAUUGUUGAGCAACAUUGUACAUCACUGCAGCAUUUUAUCUUCCCAGGUCUUGAAUACAGCCAACCAACGUUAUCAGCAGUGGAGCAAAAAGGAAUUGAGAUCCCGUCAAAGGGCAAAUUACAAGAGGUUGUUGUCACUCUUGCCUUUGUUCAAGAAUGUUAUCAAAGUUGUUUUGGCGUUCAUACUGAUUGAGCUUCCAUCUUUACAAGCAAAUAGUGACAAAACAAGGGCUAGAUAUGUCAAGUUUUUAAAACGUUGUCUACAAUCCACUGAGAACCUGGAAUCGCUAAGUGGCCCCUCCAAAAAUAAAUGGGAUGAAUGCAGAAUAGUGGGAGAACAGCUAAUGAAUAUUAUCCAAAGUCAUUUUACUUAACUUCGAAAAAAUGGUAAGAGAAUUAUAGAAUGUUCCAGCGAUCCUUUCUGUUCAGAACUCCUUUAUUCCAUUCCAAAAUUUCCAAGAGAUAGAGCUUGUCUCGUUCCAGUCCUCUGGUUGCGGUGUAAUGGACGAUCGAAUCGU